AUGUCCGGAACAAACGUGACCUUCAUUGGCCUCGGCAACAUCGGCCGAGGCAUGAGCGCCAACAUCGCCAAAAAAGGCCCCCAAGCAAGCCUAACUCUCUACAACCGCACGACGUCCCGCGCAACCGCCCACGCCGCCACUCUCGGCCCUAACGUAAAGGUAGCAACCAGCCUCCCCGAGGCCGUGCGCGAUGCCGACAUAAUCUUCACCUGCGUCGGCGACGAUGCCGCCCUCGACGGCAUAACAGCCGGUAUCCUCGUAAACACUACAAUCGACUUCAGCAACAAGACAGUGGUCGAUUGCUCAACCGUCCAUCCUGAGACGUCACGCCGUACAGAAGCCGCGUACGAAGCCCGUGGCGGAUCGUUCGUUGCAAGCCCCGUCUUCGGCGCGCCUAACAUGGCUGAUAUUGGUGCUUUGAUUAUUGUUCCUGCUGGGAAACAGAGUGCUAUUGCGAAAGCGCGCCCGUUCUAUGAGGGUGUUACGGCUUCGAGGACGAUUGAUUUGGCCUCUGGGUCUGGGGCGGAUAUUGAUGUUGGGAAGGCAACUACGAUGAAGGUUAUUGGAAAUACGUUUAUUUUGAACACGGUUGGUGUGUUGGCUGAGGCUUUGACGGCUGCUGAGACUACGGGGCUGGGAGUUGAGCCGUUGAAGGAGUGGAUGGAGAUUUUUGCGCCGGGGCCGUUUGCUAAGUAUGCGAAUCGGAUGGUGUCGGGAGAUUAUUAUCAGCGUGAAGAGCCGUUGUUUGCUGUUGAUCUUGCGCGGAAGGAUUUGCGACAUGCGGCUGCUUUGGCUAAGGAAGGUGGGCAGCGGAUGAGAAAUGUGGAGGUGACUGAUCAUCUCUUAUCUGUUGUUAAGGAGGAGAAGGGAGCUAAGGGGGAUAUUGCGGGGGUUUACGGAGCUGCUAGAAAGGAGGCAGGCUUGGAGUAUGAGAAUCAGAAGUGA